AUGCCGCGACUUGUGCGCCGAAGACCGCUUCGUGAACGCAUUACGGAUUGGUUUAAUAUUCAGGAUUGGUUAUUAUGGAUAUCGGAGGAAAUCGAAACAAGAGAUUGGGAUUCGAAAGCAUAUGCUAAUCCACUGGGUUUUGGAUUACAUUUUAUACUAUUAAUUGCGAGGGCGAAUAGUGGAGACGAAGGUCGCGGAAACGGAGAUGAUGUAUUUGGGGAUGUGCCUUCAGGAUCGGGAUGGUUGAGCUGUUUGUCUACUCUAGUUGUCUAUUUACUGACAGCAUUGUCGAUCUUGAAUGCAUUCUCAACCUUCUCACGAAAGCGCAAUUACCGCCUCUUCGAGAGCUCUAUCGAAACCGCUCCCACUACCCCUUCUGCUCACAGAGUACGCGUAGACUCCUCGCCAGUAUCUUCUUCUCCUCUUCGGUUCUUCUCGAAUAUGCUAGGGGACACGAGUGCGCAGUCAAGAGCGCAUCCAGACCCGACUCGGGACGUUUGGGAGAUCGCUGUUUGGGACCCUAUACCAGUUUGCCUACGAUUAUUCUGCCUGUUUAGUCCUGGACAUGUACUGGUUUAUUGGCUGUUCCUUCCAACAUUAUCUUCAGAUUCUCGACCAAGUGUUACGAUUUUUACUACUCUGGUUUUGGAAGCCUUGAUGACUGGGCAAUUACUUCUUUUAGAAACAAAUUUCUCGCAGCAAGAAAAGGACAACAGCAUUAUACAGAAAGAAGUCAUGAGCGAAUAUGAUGCCAAAUUCGUACAUCCCCGUUUGAAUCCGGUCAUGCGAGAUGUUGGCACACAGUUUUCUGGGCCGGGUGCUGAAGCCGGACGAGAGGAAGAAAUUGAAAUCUACACGCCGAGUGUGGUUCUAAAAAAGGGCUUCCGUACCAAUCCAAAUCCUAAUUACGCUAAGUAUGUUGACCCGGACAGUAUUAGUCCCAGCAAGCCAGUCUCCCGUCAAAUUUUCUCUCCUGCUCCAUCCUUUAUUUCAGCUUCCUUUCAGCAACCACGAGAUUCGCCCUACAACAGAAAGAUGUCAAACACAACCAUGCGACAACCUCAAUUCCGUCAAACAACUCCUACUACUGCCACAUCGACUGGGACGGGGGACGGUGGUAGCUUGGGUAUCUAUAAUCAUGCCAACUCGCCUUUGAAGAAGACGAGCAGCAUGUUCGACAUGCAGGGACGAGAUCGUAGAGAUACGCCCAAAAGCUCUUUAGAUAUGGCAGGAAGGGAAAGAAGAGAUCAAAGAGAGAACGAAGCAAGCCCGAUGAAGAGAGUGCAGGGAGGCAGCGACGUUCGACCAUUCGGGAGAUUGCCAUUUUCAAGCACUGAUAAUGAUAGAAGGGCUAGUGGUUCAAGUGCCUUCGACCCAAGAGUGAGAUCAGGGAACGUUGAGCAUAGUCCAUAUAAAAGGGGCCCUUCCAGAUGGUAA